AUGGGCAAGCUUUCGGAUGUGAAACCCUCUGCCCAGGAGGUGGAGGCGGCUAGAAAGAUGAUCGAGGAUCAGAAAGGCCUGCGUUCCAAGAUGGGCUGCAUGGUCGCCUGGUUGAAAAAGAACCCUUCGGAGGACGACGACGGCGCGUCGAGCAGUCGUGGCGAUGACCGCAAGCGUUUCUUGGUGAAUUUCCUCGCUCUGCAGAUGCGGGACAAGAAGGCGAAGAAGGAGCGGACCGUGGAGCGCCAGAUGACCUCCGAGAAGCAGGAUAACAGCUUGUUCUUCUGGUGGAGCUUGGAGACCAUGGACAAGGAGCUGGGGAUCGAGAAAAGCAAGGCGUGGCGGCAGAGCGGCAAGCUCCUCACUAGGCCUGAUCCGCUGACAGGCAGCAACGAGGACCCUCUGAAAGAAUACAGAGUGCCUCGCGAGAUGACGAGGUAUGCGAAGGGUGACAAGACGGACGUCAGGGUCGGAUCGACGGUAGAAGCGGCCAACUGCGACCUCGACGACUUGGCCGCCUUGGCAGACGGGGAGCCAGCCUCUUCAGCUAAGCCCGAGGGGGGGCAGGUCAAGAUUGAGCCCAAGAGCAAGGCUGAGCUCACGAAGGAGAAGGUUGAGGAGAUAAAGAACAACCCCCAACCAAUCCUGAGGAAAUUUCAGGACUUCGUCACCACCACCAAGUGCUUGAUCAACAAAGCUGGAGAUACCAAGUACGCGGAGAACCUUCAUGACGCGAUGAAGAAACACUUGUCCAGCUUGAACAAGGUUGUGAAGAUCAUCGACCAGAUCGUCGGGGGGGGGGAGCCAGAGAGCGCGGGUUUGAAACAGCUCGUGGAGACAAUGGCCAAGCUCGAGAAAGAGCAGCGUGACAUCGAGGAGUGGGCGACCAAGUUCGGGCUGAUCGAGAAGGCCGUCAAGCGCAGGCGCAAGAGUUGA